AUGAAGAGGCAAACAGAAAGCAAAGGAAGGAAGAAAGAAGAGGAAGAAGACGAAGCCGUCAUGAUUGACCCCAAGCAAUGUUUGUUUGAUCGCCAUCUCUCUGCUACCGUGGAAGCAAAUGCAGACCGAAUGUACCGAAAAUAUGGCUUGUUCAUUCCUGACCGAGAAUAUCUGACUGAUUUGGAAGGAUUGAUUGGGUAUUGCCAUGAAAAGAUCAAAUUGGGACACAUGUGCUUGUAUUGCCAUAAAGUAUUCCCAACGUGGCAGGGAUGUCAGAAGCACAUGAUCAGCAAAAGUCACACCAAACUCAAGUAUGAAGCUGGUAUCGAUUUGGAAGAUUUGGAGCCUUAUCGCGAUACUAUCGUCAACGUGUACAAACUCGCAACAACAGCACUGCUGUCGUCGGCAGCCGGGGGGGGGGGGGGCGGGGGGGGGGGUGGGGGGGGGGGCAGUGCAGCAGGCGAACGAAUCUGGAACGGACAAGUUGUCAAUCUACACGGUGCAGAGGAAAACACUUUGGCUUUGACCAAAGCUGGCAUCAGUCCUGCGGUUGCUGCUGGACGUGCCGGAAAGGGUAUCUUGGUGGAGGGAUCUGGAGGCGUGUACACCUCACUCUCGAUUUAUCGCUUCCGAGCAUCC